AAAAAAACAUGAAAUGUACCAUUCAUAAUGAGAAUAUAGCAUUAAUUUGUAUUGCUUCUCACAUUUGUAAAUGUUAAAGAAAGCUGUGCGUUGAAUGUUAAUAUGAACAUGGAGUAGAUUAGAAAUAAACGAUUCCAAUAAAAAUAUUUCGAGAAAUGUUUAACAAUAAACUAAAUGAAUUAAAACUUGAAGAAAUGCCCGAGUUAAUAAAAUAGAGAAUGACUUUUAAAUCUGUGCUCUCUCAAAAUGAGUGUAUACUUAAGUAAAUUUAGGAAGAGUUCUCAAAAUCAAUAAAUUUAAUUUUUCAAAUGAUUGAAUUAGAAAACAAAUCCUCAUCAUAUAUUAGCGCUAUCCAAGAUAAUGAGAAUCCAGCAGAAUUCUCCAAUUCCCAUUUAGAAAAUUUAGUUUCAAUGAUAAACAAGACACCAUAAAAAGAUUUGUAUGAUUGGAAUAUUUCUUGGGUUAUGGAGUUAUAAAAGAUUUUAGAGAAGUGGGAAUAAGAAAUGAAUGAUUUUUUCAACAAAUAGUAUAAAGAAACUAAAAAGAUUUAAUCAUUAAUUAGGUAAUUCAAUUUUAACCUUAAAUUAGAUUGGAACCUUUUGAAGAAAAAAGUGAAGUUUAUAUUAGAAAAGAAGAUCUUUCUGAAAUUUUCACCUAAAUACAAGAUAUUGAUCAGUCAAUAUUGAGAGAGAUUUAUUAAAUAGUUAAAAAAGAGAAAAUUUCAAAUAUUUAAGGAUUUCUUGCUCAGCCAUUUAAUCUUAAGCUUUAUGAAUCGCAUAUUGAUGAGAAAGAGGAUGUAAGUGAUGUGAAAAAAAAAAUUCAGAAAAUCUCUAAUUUAUUGAAAGAUAUUGUGGAUCAUCCUUUUAAUAAAAAUGACUACUCCUCAGAAAGUUACAAAGAGUAGAGAUAAAAUCUUAUCAAAUUGAUAGCUGGAAAUAGGGAGAUCAUUUAUUUUUUAAAAUUUUUAGUGCAACUUACAACUAUUGACGAAACAUUCAUUUAGUGUGGAUCAAAUGGACUAAAUUUAUUAGUAAAUAUGAAAGUUGAUCUGAAGAACCAUUGUUUUAAAGAUAUCAAGAUCCAAAAUACAUCAUUAAUAGGAGCAAAUUUUGUCAGAUGUGAUUUGAGUGGAUCAGUAUUCAAUAAUGUGGAUAUUAGUGGAGUGAAUUUAAAUGGAGCUUAACUUUUAAAUUGUAUAUGGAAAAACUUGAAAAUUAAUGAAUUGAAUAAAUUAGAGAGUCAUAGCAAAAGCGUUUAAUCAAUAUUCUUCUCUGCUGAUGGUACUAUAUUAGCAUCUGGUAGUCUGGACAACUCUAUUUGUUUAUGGAAUUUUUAGACAGGAUAAUUAAGUUCUAAGUUAGUUGGUCAUUCUAAUAGUGUUUUCUCGGUAUGCAUCUCUCCAGAUAGUACUACAAUAGCAUCUGGUAGUUUAGAUAAGUCUAUCCGUUUAUGGGAUGUUUAAACAGGUAAAUAAAAAGCUAUAUUUAAUGGUCAUAGUAAAUAAGUCAACACAAUAUGCUUAUCUAAUGAUGGCACUACAUUAGCAUCAGGUAGCGACGAUAACUGUAUCUAUCUAUGGGAUGUUAAGACAAGAUAGCCAAAAGCGAAAUUGAAUGCUCAUAGUCAAUCAGUCAACUCAGUAUGUUUCUCUCCUGAUGGUACUAUAUUAGCUUCUGGAAGUAAUGAUAACUUUAUCCAUUUAUGGGAUGUUAAAGCAGGAUUAUAAAUAGAUAAAUUGGAGGGUCAUACAGAGGGGGUCCUCUCAGUCUGCUUUUCUUCGGAUGGUACUACAAUAGCAUCUGGUAGUUUAGAUAGGUCUAUCCGUUUAUGGGAUGUUUAAACAGGCAAAUAAAAAGCUAUAUUUAAUGGUCAUAGUAAAUAAGUCAACACAAUAUGCUUAUCUAAUGAUGGCACUACAUUAGCAUCAGGUAGCGAUGAUAACUCUAUUCGUUUAUGGGAUGUUAGGACAGGAUAAUAAAAAGCGAAAUUUGAUGGUCAUAGCCAAUCAGUCAACUCAAUAUGUUUCUCUCCUGAUGAUACUAUAUUAGCAUCUGGGAGUAAUGAUAAAUCUAUUCGUUUAUGGGAUUUUAAGAUAGGAUAAUAAAAAGCCAAAUUGGAUGGUCAUUCUAAAACGGUUUUCUAAGUAUGCAUCUCUCUAGAUGGAAAAUUAUUGGCAUCUAGCAGUAAGGAUAAUUCUAUCAGGUUAUGGGAUGCUAAGACAGGAUUAAUGAAAGUCAAAAUGGAUGGUCAUAAUGAUCAAGUUAAUUCAAUAUGCAUUUCUUCUGAUGACUCUACAUUAGCAUCAGGCAGUAGUGAUUGUUCAAUCCGUUUAUGGGAUGUUAAGACAGGAAAAGAAAAAGUUAAAUUGAAUGGUCAUAGUAAAUCUGUCUGGUCAGUAUGCUUUUCUCCAGAUUUUACUACAUUAGCUUCAAGUAGUGGUGAUAAAUCUAUUUGCUUAUGGAAUAUUAAAACAAGAAAAAAAUUUUUUAGAUUUGAGGGUCAUACCGACCCAGUGUAUUCCAUAUGCUUUUCUCCUGAUUUUUCUACAUUAGCAUCAGGCGGUGGUGAUUGUUCAAUUCGUUUGUGGGACGUUAAGAUAGGAUAAUAGAAAGUCAAAUUAAAUGGGCAUACUGGCGCAGUCAAUUCAAUAUUCUUCUCUCAAGAUUGUUCUACAUUAGCAUCUGGUAGUAGUGAUUGUUCGGUCCGUUUAUGGGAUGCUAAGACAGGAAUAUAAAAGUUCAAAUUGAAUGGUCACACUGAUAUUGUCUUCUCAGUUUGCUUUUCUCCAGAUGGUACUACAUUAGCAUCAGGUAGUUUAGAUAAGUCUAUUUAUUUAUGGGAUGCUCAGACAGGUAAAUAAAAAGUCAAAUUGGAUGGACAUAUUGGUGGAGUCAACUCAACAUUCUUCUCUAAUGAUGGCACUACAUUAGCAUCUGGUAGUAGUGAUCUUUCAGUCCGUUUAUGGGAUGUUUAAGCAGUAUAAUAAAAGCUCUCAUAGGUUGAUUUCCAAAGUUGUGGAGUCAACUUUUUCUCUCUUUAUGAAACUACAUCAGCAUCUUGUAGUAUUAAUGAUAACAUCUGUUUAAAGGAUGUUGAUUCUGAGAAAUAUAUUGAACCCAAAAAUUCAAAUUAAAAUAUUUUUUCAGCUUUAAUUUAAAAAAAUUCUUGCCUAAAAAGUGGUAUUUAAUAAAUUAUUUUUAGUCUCUACAAACAUUACUAGUCUCCUUAUUUCUCAAUAGGGAAUAUUUUAAGCACAAGGCUCAUUAAUCUUUAAAGGAGAAUUCUUUAAUUACUAAAACUUUGAUUUACGACCAUUAUUAAAAGCAAAAGGAACUUUCUGUCUGGAAAAUUAUUUAAAGCAACAAUAGUAAUAAAACUGAUCAUUAAAAAAAUAUAUAAAAG